AUGGAGCGCAUCUUGAUAUACAUGAGCAUUACUCUCGCUCUCUGGAUAGUCCAGUGCCUCUACAAAGUCAUCACCUCCCCCUUAGCGCGCCUCCCCGGCCCGCUGUACACAAGUCUAACCCGCCUCCCUCUAAAGCUAUCGAUAAUAACCGGCCGCCGGAUCUAUUUCAUCCACGCCCUCCACCAAGCCCACGGCCCGAUUGUGCGGAUCAGCCCAACUGAAAUCUCCAUAUCGUCUCCCUUGGAAUGCAAAGAAAUACAUCGUGCUGGUUCGCUCUUCCUAAAGAGUGAGUGGUAUAGUAAGUUUACGAUGGGGAUUCGGCCGGGAGUUUUUGAUAUGCGAGAUCCGAAGGUGCAUGCUGCCCGGAGAAAGUUAUUUGCCAGGGCAUUUUCGAAGAGUGAGCUUAGGCGGGAAUGGGAGGGGGUCGUUAGAGAGAAAGUGAAGCUUGCGGUGACUAAGAUAAAGGACGAGACGUGGGGUAGUGGAGUGAACGAUGGGAAAGGGAAAUGUGAUGUGCUCAAGUGGUGGACAUUCCUUGCAACAGAUGUUAGUGGGCAUCUGAUGUUUGGAGAGAGCUUUGAUAUGCUAAGUGUUGGGAUUAAAAACGAAUACAUCCACGUCCUCGAAUCUACCAUGAAAGGCUCAGGCAUCAGCGCCGAACUCCCGCUUCUCGGCUUCAUUGGCCGCCACGUGCCUAUCCCCAGUAUCAAGGUCAUGUUCCGGGCGGGAGACUAUCUUACAGAGUACGGAAGGCGCGCAGUCAAACACAGUCGCGCAACCAGCGACUCCGCCCGGAACAUCUUCUCGGGAAUCAUAGGCGAGUCUGAGAAGGGGGGCGGGGCGCUUACUGACCUAGAUGUAAUUACGGAGGCAGGAAAUUUGAUUGUUGCGGGCUCGGAUACAACCGCUGUUACGUUGACGUAUCUCGUCUAUGCUGUGCUCAGCAACCCGCGGCUACAAAGGGAGGUUGAGGACGAAGUACAACUUCUGUCGGAUGACUAUAGUGAUGAAACGCUGGAGCAACUCCCCCUCCUCAAUGCUACAAUCAAGGAGACGCUCCGACUAUACGGAGCUGCACCCGGCUCACUCCCUAGAUCCGUUCCUGCAGGCGGCGCAACCUUCUUAGGUUAUUAUAUCCCAGAGGGAAUGACGGUCAGCACUCAGAGCUACACCAUCCACCGCGACGAGAAUAUUUUCCCCGAUCCCGAGACCUUUGAUGCCUCUCGAUGGCUCCGUGGAAAUGAAGAGGGGGGAGUAUCAAGUCAAGCCCAAGCAGGAUUCUCGCCAUUCGGGGCUGGUGCUCGAACAUGCCUAGGAAUACACCUCGCAUACAUGGAACUCCGCCUCGCGGCUGCUGAGUUCUUCAGACAGUGUCGGGGCGUCACUCUUGCUCCAGGCGUGACCUGGGAGACUAUGAAACCAGAAAACUUUUUUUUGAUUGCGCCGCGGGGUCAUCAGUGUGAGAUUACGAGGGGACAAUAG